AUGGACUUGGACGUUGCCCUGGCCGAGGACCUCCCUGAAGACGUGCUGUCACGCAUCGUACUGCACUGCCCCGCCAAGACGGCGCUGGCCUUCGCGCAAGCCGGCCGCGGCGCCCUCUCCGCGGCGGACAUCGCGGCGCAGCGCCUCUUCGCCCAGACGUUUGGUCGAGCCGAGUUCCCCGGCAGCCUGCAAAAAGCAGGUGGCCGGCGUGCCAAGCUCUUCGGCCGCCUGGAUCGUGCACGCUCGGAGCAGGCGAGCUGUGUACAGGAGACCUUCGCCUGGGCUGCCGGGCAUGGCUACUGCAGUUUUCUCACCAGCACCGCGGCCCGCGUCGAGCAGACCUCUGAGCCCAAAGUGUUGCAAGAGUUGCUCAACGGUCCGGGCAAACCCCGCGAGCCUCCCCUGUGGCGGGCGGCCAAGCGCAAUCAGCCGGGGGCUGUGGCGCUGCUGCUGGAGAUGCGCGCCGACGCCGAGCGCAGCAGCCGUGGCACCACGCCCCUCUUCUGGGCUGCACGGCACGGCGACGUGGCCUCUGUGCGCCGGCUGCUGGAGCUGCACGCCUCGCCGCUGGCGUCGACGAGCCAUGCGAGGCCGGAGGCGCAGCAACAGCCAAACGCCCCCCGGCAUCCGGGUGGUGAGUGCCCACUGAGCGCCGUGCUCCUGCCGCCGGCGGCGGAGGUGUCGGGACAACGCUUGGAGUCUUUGCAGCUCAUGGCCGAGGCCCUCACCGCCGAGCAGCGGUCCGAGGCUACGGCACGCCGCGCGCUGCUAGCCGCCUGCAGCACCCCUGGUGCCGUGCCCUACGUGGCGGUGCUGCUGGACGCCGGGUGCGGCGUGGCUUCGCAGGCGCCCGCCCAGGCCCAGGUUCCCGCAGCCCAGGCACCCCCGAGGGUGCCCUUGGCACCAGAGGCUGACUUGGAGACGCCGUUGCUCGCCGCUCUCAACCGCGGUUGUCUGGACGUGGCGGAGCUGCUCUUCGCAAAGGACAAGACGGCCUCCAUCAACGCGACGCUGCCCUCGGGGAAGUCGGCCCUGCACCUUGCGGCUGAGAGAGGCGACGCUCGGCUCCUCUCCUCGCUGCUCCGCGCCCGCGCGCAGCUCGACGCGGCGACCUCCUCCGGUGCGGCCCUACACUUGGCCGUGGAGCACGGCCACGUGCAGCUUUGCUGGCAAGCGGUGCAGGUGCUGUGCCAGCACGAGGCCACGCGGCUGCACCACCUUCUCCAGCCGACCCCGAAUGGCGCCUCGCCGGUCUGCUUGGCGGAGCGGCGUGGGAAGCCGGCUCUCAUCCUGCCGAUGCUGCGCUGCUACCACCGGCACCUGAGAGAAAGAUACCUGGCGGGGAAGCUCGGGGAUGCUGGCGACAAGGUGAGCCACCCGGCCCUCACGGCCCUCUGCUUUCAACACCGGGACCUUCUCUUCAAUGCGGAGGCCGAUGCCGGUAACGUGAAGGGGCUGUCCCAGGCGGCCAAAAUUGCCGCUCAGACGCUCCUGCCGGAGGUGCCACUGGCGGAGGAGGACGUCAAGCCCUCGCGCUACCAGCGUGCGAUGGACCAGCCACUUGAGGUGCGGGCUUGGUGCUUUUUUCGGGUGGACAUCACUUCCACGCCGACCAGUGCUGUGGAGAGAGUCCUGCAGACGGGUGGGGUCCUGCCAGGCUGGAAUGCCCAGGGAGACCCGAAGCAGGACCUGGAUUUGCCGAAAGCAUGCAAGCACCACAAAACUGGACAUCUGCGCAGCCUUUGCUUUGUGCCAAGAUCAAGCGUAGGAGUCAAACUAGCACGCCGUGGUCUAGUCCGGUCAACGCCGGCAUCGGACCUGGACGUGAAGAUGCUUCUUCCAUGCGGAAGGCAGCUCAGCCGCAUGCACCGUGAUGGCUCCUUGGCAAACCUGCCCGCCCAGUCCGAGUAUGAUCUGAAAGUGAUCUGA